AAAUAAUUGAGUUUUUAAUAUAUAGGUAUCGAAUUCUAUCACUUUCUACACAUGAAUAAUGUAUUUCAAUAAAAAUUGUUUAUAUAUUUUUCUAAAUUUAACUGCUGUAUUUGUUAUAUCAUUAACAAAAGCUCACGAGCAAUGUAUCAUUCACGAAUUCUCUCAAAUUGCAGAAGUAAUUGAACGAUGUAAAAAUAUAACAGUUUCAAAUCUUGAGGUUCCAGCAAGUGUUACUUUGGACUUUGAUCUUCAGACAGGAUCAACUCUUACGUUUGAAGGAGUAACAUUGUUCAAAAAUGCGACAUGGGUGGGACCGUUAAUACGAUUUAGGGGUAGCCAAAUUCUUGUACAAGGAGCAAAAGGAUCUCUCCUGGAUGGCCAAGGUACGCUAUAUUGGGAUGGUAUGGGAGGAAAUGGUGGAGUAACGAAACCUUAUUUUUUUCAAAUUGAGACCACAGGAGGAUCUGUAUUUAAAGAUAUUAACCUACUUAAUUGUCCCCAUCAUUGCGUUAUUAUUUCCAGUACUGAUCUAACUAUUACAGGAUGGAACGUAGAUGUUUCGGCCGGCGAUAAGAACAACUUAGGGCAUAACACAGAUGGCUUUGAUGUUAUUUACGGAGAAAACAUCGUCAUAGAAAACUCAAUAGUGCAAAAUCAAGACGAUUGCGUUGCUAUAAAUCGAGGUAAAAACAUGUUCAUUUCAAACCUUCGAUGUUCUGGCGGGCACGGUAUUAGUUUAUCAGUAGGAUUUAGCCAUCGAUCGUACAAGCAUAACACUGUGCAUAAUGUAACCUUUACUGACUGUGUGGUAGCUCGAUCUGAAAAUGGUAUUCACGUGAAGACGCAUAAUGAUGGAUAUCUGGGGGAAAUUAAAAACGUGACCUACAAGAAUAUUGAAUUUGUAGAUAUACUAAAUUAUGGAGUCAACGUUCAACAAGAUUAUGCCAACGGUACUAGUACAGGUAAUCCCAAAAGUAACAUUCCCAUAACAAAUUUGUCGUUAAUAAACGUAUUCGGCAACGUUAAAGGAACUCAUGCUACAGGUGUGUACAUUCUUUGUGGAUCCGUAGGAUGUAUAGAUUGGAAUUGGUCGGAGAUUUCAAUAACUGGAGCAAAGAGAGAUGAUUCUUGUAAUUAUGUACCUUCUGGUUAUCAAUGUUAAUAAAUUUUAAGGUGUGAUCAACAAUAAAAUUUCUG